AUGAAGAAAGAUGCACCCAUCACCGAAGCCAAGCCGACCCAUCCUGCGCCAGCAUCACAACAGGUCCUACGCUCAGUUUCACCCUCCAGCGACGAAGAUGCCACCAACCUCCCAUCCCCAGCCGGGCACCGCCCACAACCCAAAGACGACACCGACGCGGAAAGCAUAGGCGGCCAACGCAACACAAUGUCCCGCAGACGCAUGCUCCUCGCCUUCUCCGCCCUCUCCGUCUGCCUCUUCGUCUCCUUUAUCGACCAGACCAGCGUCUCGACCGCCGUCCCGGCCAUCGCGGAGGACCUCGACACCGGCACGGCCACCUCGUGGAUCGGGACGUCCUUUCUGAUUGCUUCGACGGCCUUUCAGCUCAUCAACGGGCGGCUAUCGGAUAUUUUUGGGAGGAAGAAUCUGCUGAUGAUUUGUCUUGUGCUCAUGGCUGUUGGGGAUGUUCUCUGUGGGUUUUCGAAGACGAAGGAGCAGCUUUUUGCGUUUCGGGCUGUUGCUGGUAUUGGUGGUGGUGGGAUUAAUAGUAUCGUCAUGAUUAUUGUGAGCGAUAUCACGACCCUGGAGAAUCGGGGGAAAUACCAGGGCGUUCUCGGCGCCGUCCUCGCCCUCGCAAACGGCGUCGGCCCCUUCGUCGGCGGCGCAGUCGUCCAGGAAUCAACCUGGCGAUGGGUCUUCUGGAUGGUCCCUAUCAUCAGCGCCCCAGCCGCCGUCACAAUUCUCUUCUGUCUCCCGCUAAAGCACCGCCCGGGUAAUUACGGCGAAAAGGUCAAAAAAAUUGACUACGGCGGCAUCGCGCUCAACAUGGCCUCGACGCUGCUGCUCCUCGUCCCGCUAUCCGGAGGCGGCGUGACGUACCCCUGGUCUUCACCGUUUGUCGUCGCCGGCGUCGUUGUUGGCGCCGUGCUUGCGGUUUUGUUCGUGCUCUACGAGUGGAAGCUGGCGAAGCUGCCUAUCAUGCCUUUGCGCUUGUACCAAGCACCACAUUGCAGUGCGUUAUUUGGGCAGACGUUCCUCAUGGGCCAGGCGUAUUUUGGGAAUUUGUUUUAUCUGCCGAUCUACUUCCAGUCUAUACUGAACUACGAGCCGCUCGUUUCAGGAGCGCUUAUUCUACCCGUCAUCAUCACGACUUCGGCGCUGUCUAUUCUUUCGGGGCAGUAUAUGCUGCGAGUGGGACGGUAUAUGCCCUGUAUCCUCGCGGGCUUCUUCCUCUGGACGCUGGGAAACGGUCUCACUAUUCUUUUUGAUCGGGAUACGGCAUUAGGAAAGUUGAUUCCGAUCUUGAUUAUUGUAGGCGCGGGGAUCGGGUUGACGCUGCAGCCUACGCUGGUGGGCAUGUAUGCCAACUCCCGCUCUGAAGACCGCGCCGUCACGACGGGGUUGCGGAACUUCAUUCGUACCAUCGGCGGCGCGUUCGGGCUCGUGGUGUCGGGUGUGAUACUAUCCAACACGCUGCGGCGGGAUCUUCACGGAAAAGAAUUUGUUUCCGAUGCGGUGAUUGCGGAGCUUACUUCGUCGACGUAUACCUUGGACCAGAAGGGGUUCUCGGAUGCGGAGAAGGCAGUGAUUUUGGAAGCGUAUAUGAAGGGGUUGCAUUAUAUCUUUGUUUACUAUGUUAUUUGCACUGGGUUGAGCUUGGUGUUGACGCUUGGGGUUGGGAAUACGGGGUUGAAGGCGAAGAAAGCGGUGCCGUCUGAGGAGGCUUCGGAGGGUCCGAAAGGGGUGUCGGGGGAUGCUCCGACUAGGAAUCGUGAGAAGGUCGACGAGAACUAG